AUGUCUUCUGCAAAAUCUCGUCUGCUUGUUUCACCCAUCAAACGCUUCAUCCAUGCCGACUUCCAUGAAAUCUUUCAAAGGAUGACACUCACCGACAAGUUUCUCUUUCUGAACGUUCAUGGUGUUGAUAAGUCUGGGAUCGGGUGGCACCGUUUGCCGGUCUUCUUGGGGCUGUCAUACUUGGGUAUACGCCGCCGUCUUCAUGACAAAUACAAUUUGGUGAACGUUGAGAAAACUCCGGUGGGGGAUGGGUUCAAUCCCCGUGACUUUCCGUUCAGAACAGCGGACGGAAAGUUCAAUGAUCCUUCGAAUGAAUUUGCCGGCAGUAAAGGAACUUUCUUUGGCCGGAACAUGCCUUCUGUUGAUCAGAAAGAUAAGCUAUUGAAGCCAGAUCCCGUGUUGGUGGCUACAAAGCUUCUAGCGCGCAGAGAACUUAAAGACAACAAAAAACAGUUCAACAUGAUUGCUGCUUCAUGGAUUCAAUUCAUGGUCCAUGAUUGGAUUGAUCAUUUGGAGUCAACAGAGCAGAUUGAACUCAAGGCACCUGCAGAAGUAGUCGGUCAAUGCCCUUUCAAAUCAUUCAAAUUCUACAAGACUAAAAAUGUUGAUACCGGUUUAGAUGACAUUAAGAAAGGUCAUCUUAAUAUUAGAACUUCAUGGUGGGAUGCGAGUGCAAUAUACGGAAGCGGUUCUAGUGAAUUGCAGCAAGUAAGGACAUUCAAAGACGGAAAGCUCAAGAUCGCGAAAGACGGCCUCCUCCAAAGUGACAAUGGUGGAUUGCGCAUAGCGGGUGAUAUUCGUAAUAAUUGGAUUGGGUUAUCGACCUUACAAGCCCUCUUCAUCCUUGAGCACAAUGCCAUUUGUGAUGUCUUAAAGGAAGAAUAUGGUGAGUUGGAUGAUGAACAUCUAUAUCGUCAUGCAAGACUAGUAACUUCUGCGGUGAUUGCCAAAAUUCACACCAUUGACUGGACCGUUGAGCUUCUCAAAACUGACACCCUUCUUGCUGCGAUGAGAGCUAACUGGUAUGGGUUACUAGGGAAAAGAUUCAAGGACACGUUUGGGCGUUUUGGUGGGGCCAUCUUGGGAGGUCUUAUAGGGUUAAAGAAACCCAAUAACCAUGGAAUUCCGUACUCAUUAACAGAAGAGUUUACAAGUGUUUACAGAAUGCACUCCCUUUUACCCGAUCAACUCUUCAUUAGGGAUGUUAAUUCAACACCAGGCCUUCGCAAAUCUCCAAAAUUGAGCAAAAAAAUAGAUAUGUUAAAUUUGAUCGGAAAUAAAGGAGAAGAGGAAUUAUCAGAAAUUGGAUUUACAACACGAAUGGUAUCAAUGGGACAUCAAUCAUGUGGGGCACUUGAGUUAUGGAAUUAUCCGUUGUGGCUUAGGGACGUUGCGCCUCAAAAUGUUGAUGGCACAGAUCGGCCCAAUCAUGUGGACUUAGCCUCCCUCGAGAUUUAUAGGGACAGAGAAAGGAAUGUAGCGAGAUACAAUGAGUUCCGUAGAUCUCUUUUACUUAUCCCCAUCUCCAACUGGGAAGAUCUAACAGAAGAUGAAGAAGCUAUUAAGACAUUGCGUGAAGUAUAUGGUGACGACGUAGAGCAACUCGAUCUGUUGGUAGGAAUGUCAGCAGAGAAAAAGAUCAAAGGGUUUGCCAUUAGCGAGACUGCAUUUGUAAUUUUUAUCAUCAUGGCAUCAAGGAGACUCGAAGCAGAUAGAUUUUUUACGAGUGAUUUUAACAAAGAUGUGUACACGAAAAAAGGGCUAGAAUGGGUGAAUACAACGGAGAGUUUGAAAGAUGUUUUGGACCGACACUAUCCAGAAAUGACGGAUCGUUGGAUGAACUCAAGGAGUGCUUUUUCAGUGUGGGAUGAUAAACCUGAACCCCAUAAUCCUAUACCACUUUAUUUUCGUGUCCCUAAGUAA